UCUCGGACUUCCUCCUCCUCCUCAUUAGCUCCGCCCGCCCGCCUCACACCGAGGUAGAGAUCCGCGCACACUCACAGACACACACUCACUGACACACACAGACACACAACACACACACGCAGCAGCGGGACUGAGUGGAGCUGUGUGCCCGGAGAGGAGGACUGAUGACCGUCAGACGAUGGGACGUCACGUGUUCCUGAACAAACUGUGUUAACUGAAGGAAACUGAAGCGUCAGCUGGAGCAGCGAGAGUUAACCAAUCAGACGCUCUGAAGGUUGCUGAAGGGUCAGAGGUCAGAGGUCAUCAUGCAGACUAUAAAGUGUGUGGUUGUAGGUGACGGUGCUGUGGGGAAGACCUGCCUCCUCAUCUCCUACACCACCGGAGCUUUCCCCAAAGAGUACAUCCCCACGGUGUUCGACAACUACAGCAGCCAGGUGACGGUGGACGGCAGGAUCAUCAGUCUGAACCUGUGGGACACGGCGGGUCAGGAGGAGUACGACCGGCUGAGGACGCUGUCCUACCCCCAGACCAACGUCUUCAUCAUCUGCUUCUCCAUCUCCAGCCCGGCCUCCUAUGAGAACGUCAAACACAAGUGGCAUCCAGAGGUGUCUCACCACUGUCCCGGCGUUCCCAUCCUCCUGGUCGGCACGAAGAGCGACCUCCGGAACGACGCCGAGAUCCAGAAGAAGCUGAAGGAGCAGAACCAGACGCCCGUCACCCACCAGCAGGGCGCCGCCCUCGCCCGCCAGAUCCACGCCAUCCGCUACCUGGAGUGUUCGGCCCUCAACCAGGACGGCAUAAAGGACGUGUUCACCGAGGCCGUGAGGGCCUUCCUCAACCCGCAGCCCACCGUCAGCAAGAAGCCCUGCGUCCUGCUGUAGGACCGUGCCUCCACCGACGGGACCCGGCCAGUCUGAGUCGGCCUGAUUUCACGGCGUUACCGCCUGGGAGACUGAUUUAUGUUAAAGAUGUAUUUUUUUUAAAUGUUUGGUUAGAAUUUUAUCUUUUAAUUAGAAAAGGUAGUUAAGGGCUCAGUGUUCGAGUCACAGGGGAACCAGAGGACGAGUCAGAGGGUGGGAAUCUUUAUGGCAUCUGUAAACCUGCAGGGAAACAGGUCCAAAUCAAAGGAAAGCGUGGUUUUAGAUGUGUGGUGUUGUUCUGUCCACCUGUGGGCGACCUGUGAGUCGACCACAAACACCUGGUCAGCCACAAAGACUAAAACAGAAACACUCAGCCAACAGCGAGUCCACAGCAUGAAAACAUCAGGGUUAGAGAAACAGGAAACACAGAGGGACCCUGCGACUCGAACACUGUUCAUCUGGCUCAGUUCAUGUUGGAAUACAUGGUUUUUGGUUGGGGGGUGCUGUCGAGCUUUAAUUAAAACAUCCAUCUUUGUGUUUCUGUUGUCAUGACGACAGCACCAGUAUGAUCCUCUAUACCGGAGAGGACAGGUGUGCAGGUUGUAGUCUGGCUUCUGAACGUAGUGCUCACCAUCAUUGUGACGCAGAUCAUGGAGGAGACUGAGGCUUUCACACCUUCCUUGUUUGGUCCGAACCAAAACAGCCGGUGUGAAAGGUUCUGUAGACCACGAUCUGUGGUCUCAGUCCGGAUCAAACUGAACCAUGGUUCAGGUCGUUUGCAGCACGAAAACACUUCUUUGGAUGGCUCAGACUUUUAAACCAAUCACAGGAAGUUGAGGCUCGUCCGCCAUUAAACAGUAGAAGAAGAGAAACAGUUAAAGUAAAAAUCAUCCGGUCUGAACCAAAGGACCACAUUUUAGUCAGACCAAAACUGUGGUCUCAGUCUGGAUCAAACUGGAACCAUGGUUUUGUUUGCCUGCAGUGUGAAAACACUUUUUUGGAUGGUUUUGAUUUUCAGACCAGUCACAGGAAGUUGAGGCUCAUCAUCUAUUAAACAGUAGAAGAAGAAAAAAAACAGGAAGAGAAGUAAAAAUGGAGAGGAGACGAAAUCUUGAGCUGUAAUUUGGUCAAAUGAUGAGAAAACACAUGAAAACGUUGAAACCGAUCAGUAUAAAGUAUAAGGAGACGCAACGCAUGUAGGUGAUGACGACAGGACGCAGGUAUGUCAGGUAAAAUUCUGACUGCAACGUGAAAACUAAUCAAUAGCAACCAAAACAUGUUCAGAGGUCAUCAUCAAGUUUCUAUUCAUCUAUUUUUACUCAGUUUUUCCAUAAAAAACCUGAAUGGAAACAGAACGUUUGAGUCAUCGCAAAAAAAUUCAGGCUUAGCUGAAAUGGAAAAGUUUGUGUUUCAAUAAAAAUGAAACGUGACAAAGUUUGAUGGAAACAGACUUGAUGAAUAAACUUGUCUAUGAGGUGCGAAGAGAAUAAAACAUCAGAUCUUUGAAAACCUCAGACAACUUUAACAGCAGAAAGGUUCUAAACCUCAUGUUUUCACGUUGUUGUCCUGACGCUGAGGAUUUUAAAAUGCUCUGAAAGACACAAAGAUAAAAGUCUGUGAGAAACACUGUUCUCUUAUUUAGUGACGGCACGUUUACAGUGAAUUAAACAGAGCAGCAUCAGGAGAAAGAUUUCCACAGUUCUCGAGUUGAAUAAAUAUAAUUAUGAUGAAUUUAAUCUGCAGCCUCUAAAAAACCCUCAAAGUCUGUUUUUCAUUUCACCUUCACCUUGUGUUCGUUUCCUUUAAAGGUGUAAUAUGCAGGAUGUUUUUUUGAGCAGCCUCGCCCAGAAUACUUUACACCUGCGCUGGGUGAGUUUUUCACUUCCUGUUUUAGUCCCGCCCACCAGCUGUGUCAGAGGAAGAGACAUGAACGUAAACGAAUCAGGUUUUAAAAUCAGCUCAGUGAAUGUUUGAAGGACGAUGGAUGUGAGCGCAUCGAGUCGCUCGUCUGUGAAUCUAAACGUCUCCAGUCCGUCACCAUUACUCAGUUUCAGUUACUUUGUAAACUUAAAAAAACUUCUGAUUAUUUUUGUCGAUUUUUAUUAAUUUACUGUAUUUUUAUUUAAAUGUGACGAUACAUUUAAAAUAUGUUUCAUACAGUGA